GCAAGUCCGGGGGCGGGUCAUGGGGCAGGAAUUGGAUCUGCUGAGUCCCACGUGGCGCAGGUGACGCAGCGAUUGGAUCGAGAGAGAGAGAGGGGCAGGAGUCAGGAAUCUGAGCGAACACUCGGGGGAGCGAACACUCAACAGAGGAACAAAGAAACAUCUGGAAUAAGGUGUUGCCCAGAAGGUGGCACUUCUCUCCUGUAACUGACACUGCUCCGUGUGCAAUAAGAACAUGCGUUACGAUGCAGGGUAGGUACCAGCGGGCGUCGCAGUUCUGCCUGGGGGUUCCGGACAGUUGGCAUCUCCGCGGUUACCAGUUUGGACCCUGCAAGGCAUCAUGGGAAUGAAUGAGCCAAACAGAUCGGUUGUUCUGAAUGGGAGUAUGAACGGCAGCGAGAAUAUCAAGGACCUGUUCCACGAGGAUGCCCAGGUAUCGCAGCUGCAGUCUCGGCCCUGGUGGAAGAUCCAGUUGUUUGUUUGGGAGCCGGUUCUGUUCGGGACGUGGGACGGAGUCUUUACCUCCUGUAUGAUCAAUAUCUUCGGAGUGGUUCUGUUCCUCAGGACUGGCUGGCUCGUGGGGAACACGGGGGUCCUACUGGGGGUGGUUCUGGUUUCCUUCGUUAUCCUGGUGGCGCUGGUGACGGUGCUGUCGGGCAUCGGGGUGUGUGAGAGAUGCAGCAUCGGCAGCGGCGGAGUCUACUCCAUGGUUUCCACUGUCCUGGGGGGCAAAGUUGGGGGCACCGUGGGGCUGCUGUACAUCUUUGGGCAGUGUGUUGCAGGUGCCAUGUACAUCACGGGCUUCGCCGAGUCCAUCUCUGACCUCCUGAACUUGGAGAACAUGUGGGUGGUGAGGGGCAUCAGCCUGGCGGUGCUCGUGGCGCUGCUGGGCAUUAAUCUGGCCGGAGUCAAGUGGAUCAUCCGCCUCCAGCUCCUGCUGCUCCUGCUAUUGGCUAUUUCCACCCUGGAUUUUGUCAUUGGCUCCUUCACUCACCUGGAUCCAGAGAAUGGCUUUGUGGGGUACUCGGAGGAGCUGCUGCGCACAAACACGUUCCCCGAUUAUUCGCCGGGUGAAACCUUCUUCACUGUGUUUGGGGUCUUCUUCCCGGCAGCAACAGGGGUCAUGGUGGGAUUUAACAUGAGUGGGGACUUACAGAGACCGUCACGCAACAUCCCCGUGGGUUCCCUCGCUGCCAUCGGCACCUCGUGGUUCCUGUACGUGGUGUUCGUGUUCCUGCUCGGCGCCAUUUGCACCAGGGAUUUCCUGCGCUACGAGUUUAUGAUCGCGGAGAAGGUCUCUCUGGUCGGCGCUCUCUUCCUGCUGGGUCUCUACAUCUCCUCGUUGGCUUCCUGUAUGGGGGGGCUGUACGGGGCCCCCAGGAUCCUUCAGUGCAUUGCGCAGGAGAAGGUUAUCCCCGCCCUUUCCUUCCUGGGACGUGGGAAAGGCCCAAACAAGACCCCAGUGGCCGCCAUCUUCAUAACUGGACUCCUCACCAUGGCCUUUGUCUUUAUUGGCCAAGUGAACGUGCUGGCACCAAUAGUCACCAUUAACUUCAUGCUGACCUACAGCGCCGUCGACUACUCCUACUUCUCCGUGACUAUGAGCUACAGAAUGCGGCACAGUCCCAAGAAGAACGGGAAGCCCCAGUCCCGGGGGAUGAGCUCCACCCAACCCCUCAUACUCAACAAGUCCACCAGCUACGGAUCCAAUGGAACUUUAUUAGAAUUCACUAAGGACAUGAACCAACUCUUCAAACCCAACCAGACAGAGGUUCCUGGGAGCAGCAGCAGCCAAGAGAAAGAUCUGAAGAUGUUUAAGUUCAGAAAGCCAAGAAGGCCGGCCAAGCAGACCCUGCAGGACAGCUUCCAACUGGAUCUCCACCAGGACCCCGAGCACGGCCUGGAGAGCAGGUUGCUGGUUACGGACCUGGCAGAAAAUGAAAUCCAGAAUCCAGAAGAAACAAAUUCCAAAGCGGAAACUGGGAACGAAGGAGCGGAGCCCACUGAGACCGACGAGUCCGACAGAGGAGAAGAUAUGGAGGCCGAGCAGCCAACAGAGGAGCAGAAAGGAGAUUCCACAGUGGCACAAAAAGUCCCAGAGUUCGAGAUUCAGGAAUUAUCAACAUCAUUUUAUGCCAAGUUCUGCAACCACUGGGUCGCCUUUCUGGGGGCGAUCCUGUCGAUCGUAAUCAUGUUUGUGAUCCAGUGGAUUUAUGCCCUCGCUAACCUCGGUGUAGCAAUAAUUCUGUACCUCUAUAUCGGCAGAGUGAACCCCGGCCUUAAUCCAGGGGCUGCCGCAAAUUUCAGCUUCUUCGCUUGGAUCCGACACGGGGCGCAGACGCUGUUCAGGAAGCCCCGCCCAAAGGAGCAGUUUGUGGUGACCCCUUCCCUGCAUUCUGUUGGCAUGGAGACCACUCAACUGACAGAAGAGAAUGAAGAUUUUGCAUCUCGUGGGCGGUACCACCACUCGUCCAUCAUCACCCAGGGGCAGUUCAUUGACCGGUACAACUAGGGGCCCGGGGGUAUCCCAGCGCCUCAUUCCCCAUCAGUCUCCGCUGCCAAAACUGGGCCUCUGUGCCCCAAAGGGGAUAUUACUGCAUUUUGGGAAAUGCUUUAUCAGCACCACAGGCCGCUGCACCGUAUAGUGGUACUGAGCCCCUCUUUGUGGAAAUGCAAAGUAUCAGAAAUAAGAAGCUGAGCCUUCCCUUACCCCCUACCAGUGCAAUCUGUAGAUAGACUGGCUAGUAGUGUGUGUCUUAGGACUUGUCUUUUGGAUUUAGGUUCCUCAGGGGCGGAGUUAUAUUACAGAACUGAAGCAGAUAACUCAGGGGCAGAGUUAUGUUACAGAACUGAAGCAGAUAACUCAGGGGCGGAGUUAUGUUACAGAACUGAAGCAGAUAACUCAGGGGCGGAGUUACACUACAGAACUGAAGCAGAUAACUCAGGGGCGGAGUUACACUACAGAACUGAAGCAGAUAACUCAGGGGCGGAGUUACACUACAGAACUGAAGCAGAUAACUCAGGGGUGGAGUUAUGUUACAGAACUGAAGCAGAUAACUCAGGGGCGGAGUUACACUACAGAACUGAAGCAGAUAACUCAGGGGCGGAGUUACACUACAGAACUGAAGCAGAUAACUCAGGGGCGGAGUUACACUACAGAACUGAAGCAGAUAACUCAGGGGCGGAGUUACGCUACAGAACUGAAGCAGAUAACUCAGGGGCGGAGUUACACUACAGAACUGAAGCAGAUAACUCAGGGGCGGAGUUACACUACAGAACUGAAGCAGAUAACUCAGGGGCGGAGUUACACUACAGAACUGAAGCAGAUAACUCAGGGGCGGAGUUACGUUACAGAACUGAAGCAGAUAAGUCAAGGUGGUUCUGAUGACCCAAUCACAUGACUCCAUGAAGAGCGAGUUAAGCUUGGCCAUUGGUGCAACUACCUCAGGGCGGGAAUAUGUCGAGCUGUGGGUGGGGCUACGGUCAGGGGAUGCUGACUUCUUGGGAGACGAAGCCAUGAAACUCCCCUGAUCUGAUCUCUUUGAGGAUGACAAAUGGGUCAGGGGAGCGCAACCCACAGGGGAAAUGGGUUUUUUUUCAGAAAACACAGUGAAAUGGACCGGACUUGGUACCAAUGACUCAGACUGAUCCAGAUCUUGGUACCUUUUGAACCAUCGUCCCCUCUGGGAUAAAAUCUUACUGCUUACUGGGCGUUACUGAGAGGCGGAUCCCGGGGCCGGGGGUGAAUACAGUGGAACCCGACUGGGCCCCGGGCACCGUGCAAACCGGACUCCAGGGAUUUAAAUACAAACUCUUGUAUCUUG